UUUUUCUCUCUUCUGCAAGAUAAUUCUUGACAAUGGAAGCAGAACCUGCCUUCAAGACCCCCAGCAAACCAUCUGAGAGAAAGAAAGCAGGACCAGCUAAUUCACCUUUAAUAUCUAUCCCAGCUUCUCCCUUCAUGCAGAAACUUGGCUAUGGAACUGGAGUCAGUGUUUACCUUAUGAAAAGGUCUCCAAAAGGCAUCUCUCACUCCCCCUGGGCUGUGAAGAAAAUAAAUCCUAAAUGUGACUCCAGUCACCGAGACACAUAUCAAAAAAGACUGAAUGAAGAAGCUAAGAUUCUGAAAGAUCUUGAACACCCUAACAUUGUGGGGUAUCGUGCAUUUACGGAAGCCAGAGAUGGGAGCAUGUGCCUUGCCAUGGAGUAUGGGGGAGAAAAAUCUCUCAAUGACCUAAUAGAAGAGAGGAGAGCACAACACCAGGGGCCCUUUCCAGCCACCACCAUCCUCAGAGUUGCGUUGCACGUGGCAAGAGGGUUGAAGUAUCUACACAAUGACAAAAAAUUGCUUCACGGAGACAUCAAAUCUUCCAAUGUUGUCAUUAAAGGUGCCUUUGAGUCAAUAAAGAUCUGUGAUGUGGGUGUUUCAUUACCUCUGGAUGAGAACAUGAUGGUGAGUGACCCAGAGGCCCACUACAUUGGCACUGAGCCCUGGAAACCAAAGGAAACUCUGGAGGAAGACGGCAUCAUCACCGACAAGGCUGACAUCUUCGCAUUUGGUCUGACCCUGUGGGAAAUGAUGACGCUUUCCAUACCUCACCUUACCCUUCCUGGAGAUGAGGAAGUAUCAGACGAAGAUGCUUCUUUUGAUGAGGAUGACUUUGAUGAAUCUGCGUACUAUGAUGCUCUUGGGACGCAGCCACCACUCAAUGUGGAAGAGCUAGGCCCACCCUAUCAAAACGUCAUCGAGCUGUUCUCUCUCUGCACCUUGGAGGAUCCGAAGAAACGUCCUUCAGCUGCACUUAUUGUCGAUUGCUUAGAGGCAGAGGGGUCCAUACCAUAAGUGCUGCCUCUGUGU